AUGGCGUUUGACGUGAACCGUACGUUUCAACAGAACGUGCGGCCGCGCCUGCCGUUGCCUACGGGCAACACGUGGACAGUCCUUGUCACGCGUGCGGGGAUUUCAAUGCCACCACAUGGGCGCCAGAAGUGGACGUCGCUCGCGCAGCAAUUUCUGGUGGGUUGUGUUGAGUCAGAAAGCGGCGAAGGCCCGGUUAAAAAAAUCUUGUCCAUUGGUAGGGAUUUGAACGACACCACCCGAGACGGAAAGCUCAACGGCCUACAAGGGUUUGCCGAGCUCGUCAUCCAACUGACGAAGCGUUUCACGAGUUUUCAGGUGUUAGCAAGUCAGGUUUACAGCUAUACUACACAACAACCCGCAUCCGAAUCGCAUCAGCCAACCACGAGAUCUACUUGUCUGAAAACGGCCCCUCCGUGGGGGGGCUGCAGUGCCCACACCAGCAGACCUCCCAAAAAAAAAAAAUCGAGGUCCGCGCCGUUCGGCAGCAGGAGGCGCGCUGCGCGAAAGCUGAACCAACACAAAACGAAGUUUGAAGAGAGGACGGGGCAGUGUAUGGUUGCCACGUCAGCAGAAGAUAAUACGCGGCGCGCUAUCGAACGCGGCAGCCUCACCGUCGUAGAGAGAACGCUGGAGGAAACGAAGGAGGAGUUGGUCAACAAUAAGAAAAUUGUGUAAGAGAGCCAGGCUCAACCUCGCCGCCGCCGACGCUGCUGCUGCUGCUGUUUUUUUCAGCAGCAGCAGCGGCGGCGGCAGGUGUCUGCGUGGCUUCACCGCCCGGCUGCUGCUCGGGUGUGUCAUGAGGCAUGUGUUCUAGAGUGGGACCGCGCAAUGGUGUUGUGCUGUGCCACAUAGUAGGGCGCAAAGCACACGGGCGAGCCGCGCCCUCGCGCGUGUGCGUCAGAGGGUCUUUCGGGAGGUUCCGACGGUUUCGUGCAAUUUCAUUGGUUGGUCGAUUU